AUGCGUCUCACUCUAGUGUCAAUGCUGUUGGGAACUGCCCUUGGCAUCCAUCAUGGGCAGCCAACUGCAACCAACUCUACAAAGUACAAUAAUUUGACUGUCGCCAUAGUCCGAGCGCCACCAGCAAACUGGCCGCUUCCCGUGAUGAACAAGAACUGGACGGACGUGAAAUUCGAUCUCAACCAGACGGUAGUCAAAGCCACCCACCUUAUCGAAGAUGCUGCCAACGCUGGAGCCAAUCUGGUUGUCUUCCCUGAGCUAUGGUUCCCCGGGUAUCCUAAAGGCAUCGCGGACAGCACAUCCAUGAAAGACCAUAUCCAAAACUACUUUGACAACUCUCUGAUCGUCGGCAGCCCCCAAUGGGACACCCUCAUUACUGCCGCCAAGCAUAACCAGGUUUACAUCGUGCCAGCAUUCUCGCAUCGCGAAGGUGACCUCAUCUACAUGGCGCAAGCACUCAUUUCGCCGGAGGGCGAGGUCCUUUUGCUGCGCCACAAGCUGCGACCAUCAGGAGGUGAACGUGAGAUCUGGUCCGACGGAACCAUCGAAGAUCUCAAAGUGAUCGCGACUCCGUACGGCCGCUGGGGUCUGUUGGAAUGCUGGGAACAUUUCCACCCCGCUAUGACCUUCAAUGUCCAGUCCCAGAAGGAGACACUACACAUCGCAUCCUGGCCAUUCACUCCUAACGAAGGUGAUUCUGACGCAUUGGCCUUUGAGGCUGCCGAGGUGAAUGUGGCCGCCGCGCGGACCUACGCUGUCAACACAGGCGCACCCCUUGCUUUUGCUUCUGUCGGAAACGUACGCUUCAUCGGCAGUGAUGGUCUUGAUGGCAAGGUGGUUAAUGCCUCGGUCUCCUUUGAGGAUGUACCCUUGGUGUUCGCAUCCUUCAACACGACGGGGCUUGCAGAGACGGCACCGUAUGAUGCCGACGCGGAGCAGUCUUGGGGAAUACUGGGACAGAUCAAUGCGGGAUUCCCAUCGUAUAUUCCAAACGUUCUGGGUAAACUGGUUCCGCGUAGGAAGAUUUCCAUCUCGAAACUUCUUGCCCGUGCUGGGUGA